AAUGAAUUUGAAGUUGCAAUGCUACAAACCGAAAAACAUCCGGCAUUACAACUUCAAAGUAAUUUCCAGGAUAAUACUUCUUCUUCUUUGGAAACACAAAAUAUUCCUCCAAACACUAUAUCAGAAGUAGAGAUUACCCCAAUCAUAGAAGUAAUUCCUUCGGAAGUUAUUAAGCAAAAACAAUGUCAAAAUGAAAAUGAGUUGAGAAAAUGGUCGAGCCGUAGGAGACCUGUUAUUAAAAAAAGUUGUAACAAAUCUAUAUCAACGCAAUUUGAAAAGUUGGUAGAACGAAAGGAAUGUUUAUUAACAGCACUUACAGAACAGUUCAGUAAGCAAAAUAUUUGGGCAGAAUAAGAGCAUAAAAUAA